AAUAUAUUGGGAUGUUUUGUGUGUGGUCGUGUUCAUAAAAGUUUUACUUGUUAUUAUUGAGUAAACCUACUGGAAUUAAAAUAGCUGUUUCAGUAGUUUUUUAUUACACGUUGUUGACCUUCUGAUUAACCAUUAGUGCCUGAACAAGGGGCACCAUUGCCUUCGUGAAUCGUUUGCUAAAAGAUUAAGUAUGGACUGGAGGGCGGGUCUACUCGUGCUCGGACUGCUGUGUUGCGUUGAUGGGUUCUCAAAAUACGGUAGAACAUGCAAAGACAUCGGCUGCCUCAACAGCGAGGUGUGCGUGCUAGUUGAAGACCAGUGUUCUUACGGACAGACAUCCAAUUGCGGAACGUACCCUACGUGCAAGAAGAAGUCUCAAGUUCAAGGUUCACACUCGGAGCCAGCGCAACCGUCCGUCCCUAAACCCACCCCCCAAUCUCCCACCAGAAACUUUGACUCACCACCAAGCUAUCCUGCCCCCGCACCACCAUCGAAUACUCAUAGUGGAUCUCCUUAUGGUGGAAAUUCACCAUAUGACAACUCCCCUUACGGUGGUGGAAGUUCGUCUCACGGUGGAUCUCCGUACGGUGGUAACUCCCCCUAUGGCGGUCACGCUCCAUAUGGUGGUAGUUCCCCGUACGGUGGUAGCAACCCGGGUGGUAAUCCCUACGGCGGCAAUUCCCCGUAUGGUGGUAGCAACCAUGGCGGUUCACCUUACGGCGGAUCAUCCCCAUACGGAAACAACCCUUACGGAGGAUCCUCUAACGGAGGCUCGAAUCCCUACAGUCCAAGCUCUGGCAGCGGUGGAAAAGGUGCCCUAGACACCCUUAGCAACUUAUACAACACUUUUAACAACAUCGGUCGCGGCUCUAACACAGGGGGUUCGAAUCCUUUCGGAUCGAGUUCAAACACUGGCAAAGGUCCCCUGGACAGUUUACUGGGCAGUUUUAACAGUUUCGGCAGCCAAGGAGGUGGUAGUUCCCAAGGAGGCACUGGAUUACCAAACAUCUUCGGCAGCAUACUCGGGAAUCAGCCAACCAACCAACAGCCUAGCCAGAAUAGGAAUGUAAGGCCGAACUACGCUCCGCACAGUUUAGCUACCACGAGGAUGCCGUUGUCCUAUGGGUGGAAUGUUAGCGUCACAGUGAUUUUGUCGUACCUGACUCAACUGUACAUCAAGAACGUGAUAAACUCAUAACGAGAUUACCUACAUGACAUUAUUUUAUAUAAAUAUUUUUUACUAAUAAGACGCUUUAACACUGUUAAUUAAUGUUGUUUGUUACACUGAAUAUCUAUUUAAAUAAUAAAUUAUAUACUUAUAUGUAAA